CAUAGCCCAAGCAUAGCCAGUCACUACAUACAUACACCACCUUGCCUUUGGUUGCGUUCCGAGCUUCAAACAUUUUGAAGUCAUGGGCCAGUUAAUGAACAUACCUUCCAGGGACUCCGGUAUUAUACCCCAAGUCGGUUUGCCACCCGAACUUUGGUCGGCAAUAUUCGAGCAUCUUCCUCUCCGAACCCUUCAUGACGUUACCCUCACUUGCCACUCCUUUCGUUAUCUCGCGCAACCCCUCUUGUUUCGCUCCCUGACAUUCUGUCCCUACUCUCUGGACGCCAACAACCAGCGCUUCAUUCACCGUCUCGAAACUGUAAAGCGUACAAAGCGCCGCAUACAAUUUUGUUCCUCAUUACGCAUCGCCCAUGCUGUUCGUGAAUGCAAAUUUUAUCCCCGAUAUAUUGUUGGUGCUGUUCUCAACACGGAGAUUCCAUAUAAUGUGCUUUUGGAUAUACUACUCGAUACCCUACCGCUUUUCGUCAAUCUCCAAUCGCUAUCGUUCAUGUUCGUGGACCUCAGCCAGUCCCAGAUAUCAAAACUAUGCGCGCUACGAAGCCUAGGGAACCUUUUCUUAGGCAAUUGUACAGUGGAACAUGUCCUAUCGCUUUCAUCUCCCAAAUUACGGCUUGCCAACUUGACCAUCAUCUGUGAUAGCAAAAAUAUGCUUGGGAACGGUCAGAACGGUCAUGGACUAUCUGUUUUCUCACCCGACCACAUACGUUCCGUCUCUAUAAUCAACCCAGUCGCAGCCUCACAACUCCUAAACAAUUUCAUAGGAAACACAUCGCAAGGCCUGCUACAACUCCGAUGCCUCACAUUACCUUGCAAUUUAGAAGUCGUGCGCGCUUUCCGUCCUAUACUUCAUCUCAUCCCAGAGCUAGCCGAACUCAAAUUCGCCCGCCCCUCUCAAAUCCAACACAACCUUCCCAGAGAUGAAAAUUUCUCCCUGUCUACGCAUUUCAAUCCACUCAAGCCCCUCUCGAAAUACCAAGGUCCUCGUCAGCUUUUACCCCACUUUGUUCGCCCUGGUGCUCUCGAACAUCUCAACUUGUGGAGUACACGCCCCGUGUCCACUGAUGGUUCGAUGAGUCCCUUGGAAUUGCACGGAGCACUUGCGGGUGGCAAUAAACUCGUGAGUGUAUGCGAUCCGGAGGUUCUCAAGACUGUACAGAUGCUGGAGUUGAGCGUCACGCAUGUCGAUGCCCUCAUGCUCCAUGCUAUUUGCAUUCGCUUCCCAAUACUGCGAUCAUUAUACGUGUUUGCAGCAAAAGGCUUCUUUCCUGGUGCUGUUACGCAAGCGUGGGACCCUGAGGUGAUAAUGGACGCCCUUUUGACCCUACCUCUUCCCUCCACCAUUCAGCAUUUGCGACUCUCGUCGUAUUCAGCUGGGUCACGCAGUGGAACUGCCACGGAAGACCGCCUUGUAAGACACAAACAAGACCUCCGGGUAAAAUAUCCUAAUUUAAGCUCUGUUUCUCUGGAUGAAUCGGACAUCGACCUAACGUGGGAUAGGAGUACAGUGCUGCUCCAUUGCUGAGAUUCGAGGAUUCGUUCAGUGCACAGCCUGCAUUUGAUUGACCUAUAUAUAUGUAUCUAUGCAUAAUUGUAUACGAUUUAUUUCGGG